GGCGUUAGCCACAUGUUCAACACCAGCCAAUGACGAGACACCUCGCUAAAAAAGCUAUCGUAAGGUUGAGUUAGCGACAGUGAACCUGCAAAACACGAGAGAAGUCGGAAACAGUGUAUUUAAGACUAUUCCGGUACAUUUUUAUCACUACAAACAUCGGUGUACAUGCACAGCUAUGCCCGAGGACAGUAUGGACAAGCCAAACAUAGUCACAUGCACCGCUCCUGUGAAUAUAGCUGUCGUCAAAUACUGGGGGAAGAGAAAUGAAGAAUUAAUUCUACCCAUUAACUCAUCGUUGAGUGUCACAUUGCAUCAAGACCAGCUGAAAACAACCACAACAGUUGCAACAAGCAGAUCAUUUCAGGAGGAUCGAAUAUGGCUCAAUGGCAAAGAGGAGGACAUAACCCAUACAAGACUACAGUCCUGUCUCAGAGAGAUUCGACGAUUAGCACGGAAGAGACGUAACGAUGGAGACCCUGGUUUGGAUUCGACUGGUUUGUCUCACAAAGUCCACAUCUGCUCGGUUAACAACUUCCCCACUGCUGCUGGACUUGCCUCCUCAGCUGCUGGAUUUGCUUGCCUAGUUUACACUCUGGCUCGGGUGUUUGGCAUAGAAGGGGAGUUGUCAGGGAUUGCUCGGCAAGGCUCAGGCAGCGCAUGCAGGAGUAUGUAUGGGGGGUUUGUGCAGUGGAUCAUGGGGAAAAAAGACGACGGCAAGGACAGUCUAGCCCAGCAGGUGGAGCCAGAGACUCAUUGGCCCGAGCUCAGAAUCCUUGUACUGGUGGCCAGUGCUGAGCGGAAGCCAGUAGGAAGCACUUCUGGGAUGCAAACCAGUGUACAAACAAGCUGCCUCUUAAAGCACCGGGCUGAGUCUGUUGUCCCAGGCCGCAUGGUAGAGAUGAUUGAAGCUGUGCAGAGAAAGGACUUCACUGCAUUUGCUGAACUAACCAUGAAGGACAGUAACCAGUUCCAUUCCACCUGCCUUGACACAUACCCUCCUAUCUUCUACCUCAAUAGUGUGUCUCAACAGGUUAUCAACUUGGUGCAUCGGUAUAACAGGCACUAUGGGGAGACAAGGGUGGCCUACACGUUUGAUGCAGGGCCCAAUGCUGUGAUCUUCACUCUACAGCAGCAUGUUCCUGAGUUUGUCCAGGUGGUUCAACAUUUCUUUCCCCCGGAUACCAACGGAGGACAGUUUAUUAAGGGUCUUCCAGUUAAGUGUGCUUCUCUUUCUAAAGACCUGGAGCAGGCCAUUGGUCUAGAGCCCAUGACAAAGGGAAUAAGCUAUAUAAUUAGUACCAAGGCUGGUCCAGGCCCUUGUGUGGUGGAGGAUCCCACUCAGCAUCUGCUUGGAUCUGAUGGUUUGCCUAAGAAAACCGCAUGAUGCCCUGCAGCCCCGAAGAAACAAAGUUCCUUGGAGCAAUAAUGAAGCCAAUUCAGCAGAGAUAGAAAUUUGCAUUUGACAUAUGUAAAUAGGUUUUUACAGAUCACAGCAAAACCAGGCACCUCUUUUGCGAUUAUAGGUGCUAAUAUUUCUCCCUUCAUUUUUUAACCUGGACUAGUGUGUCUCCCAGUCUUUGCAUUACACUUUAUUUUUCUAUUUUUUUGCAAAGCUCUCCACAUUUCUCAAUAUCUAGAGGCAGUUAUUGUAUUACAGUUAAGGAGUGUGACUGGAGGGUUUGGUCAUACACCUGAGCACGUUCACCUCUGUAUGUUUAAGGAGGUUAUUAUAAUUAUUUGACAUCAAAUUGUCACUUUAAAGAUUAGUUGUCAUUAUCCCCUUUGAAAACAUACAGUACCAACUUGAGCGGUGUUCACCUCAUUCUUUAAAACUGAAUAAAAUAUAUUUUAGUCAAUAAAAAUGAGGUUGCUUGAUUUUUGGGCAGUCAUUUAAAUGGUAUUAACAGUUGAGAUGACAUUUCCAGCUUUGUUUUAAUUGUGUUGUAUGUCUGUUUUUUCA